AUGGCAGGAGCCCCGCGAAGACGCCGGCGGGGCGGAGACAGCGGGAGCGACGAGGGGGCGGCGACAAUAGAGGGCCGCAGGGCGAGGGCAGUGAGGAAGGGCGGGGCGGGCCGGCCGUCGGCACAGCGCCGUGAAUCCGCCGCCCUCUCUCACCUGCCCUCGGCCGCGCCUGCGUCCGCCGCCGCCGCCGCGCCGUCCCGCGCCGGCGCCCCGGGGCGCGCCCGCGCCGUCCCGCCUGCCGGCUUCGCUUCGCGCAGCUCCGUCGCCGCCGCCCGCAGUCGCCUCGUGAACCGCGCCGCCGACCCCGGUGCGUCGCGCGCCCCCGCUCGCCUCCGCCCGCCGCCGCCGCCGCCUCCGCCGCCACCAACGUCGGCGUCGACGCCGCUGCCCGUCGCGGGACUGCACGGCCUUGGGUCUACGACGUCGACAUGGUGCCUUCUCGCGUGUGAUUGCCGCUUCGCGCACUUAGCGAAUUCACCAUGGUGCUUGAAGUCCUCGCGAGUGUCUCGCACUUUGCAGCUGCGCACCGCCGAAAUGAAACCCCGCGCGACGGAAGUGGGCGGGCGGGGCGCAGCAACCGCCACGCUUCAAAGCCAGCCGGUGGUGCCGGCGGCGGCGGCGGCGGCCAAAUAUUUGGCCGAGGGCAGGGCCGGCGAGCAAGCGCCGCACGCGCAGCCGCAGAGGGCGCGCGGCCGCCGACUUCCUCCCCUCCCUCCGGUGAUUGGCAAAGAAAUGCAAACAAACGAGUUGGGUUCUAAGCAUAGAAACGAAGACGUGACGAUUGAAGUGGCCGUGGGGAGAGCCAAAGAAGUGUUGGGAGGGAAAGGCGCCGCUGGGAUCAACUAA